GCGGACUGGCUGGCGGGCUAUCGCACGACCCAUAGACCCGUAGAUGACCCUAGCUCAGUUAGUGCUUGUGUGUGAUUCGUGUAGCAUUGUGUACUGUAAAACAUUGGAGAAACUUACAAAGUGAAGGACUAAACCAGGGGAAAUAUCACAACAAUAAAGAUCAGUGUACUGUGACUCCCUAUCAAAGAGAGCAAGAUAUUUUCUACAACAACUUCUACAAAAGAGGACAAGAUAUUUUCUACAACAACUUCUACAAAAGAGGACAAGGUGGAAUCGCCACGAUAUGAGACGGUAGAGGUGGAGAUGGGGGCCACCACCGACAACGUCCCCACCUUCGGCUUCUUCCCCGACUGGCGCAACAUCUCCGGCUAUGAGAUCCCCAUCGACAUGCGGUUUAACGCCGGCCAUGUCGUGUCCAUCGUCUUCUACUCCAUCCUGUUCGUGUUCUCGGCCAUCGGAAACAUCACGGUCCUGUCCAUCAUACUGCGUCGCAGGCGGAACUCCAGCUCUAGGAUCAACACGAUGCUGAUGCAUCUGGCCAUAGCUGACCUGUUGGUAACAUUCCUCAUGAUGCCUCUAGAGAUUGUCUGGGCCGCGACUGUAGCUUGGUGGGCCGGAGACGUGGCGUGCAGAAUUACAGCUUUCUUCAGGAUAUUCGGACUUUAUCUCUCCAGCUUCGUCCUCAUAUGUAUCAGUAUAGACAGGUAUUUCGCAGUGCUAAAGCCAAUGAACCUCUCUGACGUGGAUCGCAGAGGGAAGGUGAUGCUGACGUGCGCUUGGGUCGGGUCCACCAUAUGUAGCACACCGCAGGCGUUCGUGUUUCACGUGGAGAACCACCCAAAUGUCACAUGGUAUCACCAAUGUGUUCAUUUCGGCGCCUUCUCCUCUCCGACCCAUGAGCUGGCUUACUUCUUCUUCGGCAUGAUUAUGAUGUACGGCCUGCCACUACUGGUUAUCAUAUUCUCCUACGCAUCAAUCCUAGGAGAGAUCUACCGUCGCUCUAGGGAACCUGGAGAGGGCUUCAGGAGGUCCAGCCUUGGGUUCCUGGGCCGUGCCAAGAGCCGGACACUGAAGAUGACCAUCACCAUUGUGUUCGUAUUCUUCGUCUGCUGGACUCCGUACUACGUCAUGUGUGUGUGGCACUGGCUGUUCCCCGCCUCCGCCAAGGACGUGGACCAGCGCGUACAGCGAGGAUUGUUCCUCUUCGCCUGCACCAACUCCUGCAUGAACCCCAUCGUCUACGGCGCCUUCAACAUCAGGACGCGGCGGAGGACCCCCGGCCAGGUACGAGGACGAAGUGUAUCCUCUACAGCUAUCACAUGCGCCACUGACAUUCGUCUGCCUGCUUUGUCCAUCAGCCUGCGCAACGUCGAGUGACCCGAGACCCAGUCGUUCGAGAAGGCUAGGGCUGACUUGGCACCUGGAGGGGUGUACACCUCCUUGGCUCGCUGUGGCUGUGAUUAUCAUUGCCAUUGUGACCACUCUAUGCUCUAGAAUGAACGCACAUCGCGAAAGUUGUCUCUCCCUAUCAGUGACUGAUUAACAGUGUGUUAAAUUUAUAUGGGUUUUUAGCUUCAAGGAGGCUUUUUCUUCGUAAGACACGUUUUUUUUCUCGGUUAGAUUUGUUUAGGAUAGUGUUUGUUCUGCUUUUUGUAAUGAACUAUCAAUUAUUAUUUAUUAUCAAUUAUUUAAGAUGGGGACGCCACUAUGUGCGUAUUUUAUAUACACCCAAAUAUGAGUGUAGGAUGAGUGGCGCGAUCUUGUAGUCUUGUUAGUAACUAAGGCCGAUAUGUUCCUUAGACACAGCUGUUAAUUAUUAGCCCAUACAGCUAAUGACAACUAAGGGACCUACUGUUUAGAGUGGAAUCCGAACCACAUUUUUUCCUUGGUAUUUAAUAAUUGGUCUAAUUAUCAGGAUAGUACUGCCUAUAAAUAUCCACAAUUCGUGACCUCCUAGUAGCUGGAUUACAGGACGACGCCACCCGUCCCAACCACUAUGCAAAGUCGAGAGCAGACAUAUAGCGUUUGUAUGUAUAAUUUUCUACAAUGCCAUUCUUCACCUUUGCUAUCAUUUACUAUAUAUACUCAUGGUUAAUGCUGCUGUUUUAAACACAUUUUAAACAUUCCAUGGAAGAGUGUAGCUUUUAAAGAGUUUCCCUCUUUACAGGAGUAAUUUUUGACAAUGAAUAAAUUAAUCAUACUAACAAAUUUGAGUUUAUGUGCCAUGUUAUCGAGGUAACUAAGUCAACUUCUUAGAUGGGGACUGUAUCCCAUCUACUACUACUGUAGGAUUGUUAAUAAGAAGUUUUAUACUGAUUAACGACUUCAAAGGCAGAAUUCCGUGAGAGUACGCCUACGUUCUCUAUCAGCUGGGGUCAGUUUUCUUUGUGAAAAAUAUUUUAAGCUAAUUUUUAGGCGGAAGGUCCUGCAAAAUGACAAAGGCUGGCAAUAUUUAUCUGGGGUCUUCUACUAACACAUCUUUAAGUCAGAACUUAGAGUGAAUUUCGGGAAUAUUAAUGUCGAAACCCAGUAAAUAGAGUGAGGCAAUAACAUUCCACUUUAACAUCCUUCUACUGUAUUUAUCGUACGUAUUACACUCUUAGUAUGCUACUUGUUCAGUGACUUUGAUUCUCAAAAUGUAACUAACAAUUUCAAUCAUAAAAUGGAGGGUUUUAUUAAACCAUUGAGUAACACUUUAAAAAACUAUAUAGAAUGAAAGCACUACACCAAAAUUACACAUGAUUUAUAUAAUCCAACUUGGUAAAUAACCUGAACUUAACAGACCCCAUUUAGGAGAGACAAAUUUUUGGCAUAGCUUAAGAAAAAGCUUAAAUUUACUAAAUUACAUUUUUACUACGGUAUAUCUUUUUACUAUGAAGCAAUAAAACUUUGGGUAUAUUUAAGCUAGAACUCAAGCGUGUAAUGUUUACAAUACAAACAAACAGUUUCAAACCGCUUUUAGCUUCUCAUGUGAGAGAAACUCUGCAGAGAGUUAAUUACAUUUUGUUAUCGGAGUUAAGAUUGAUCUUAUGAGGAAACAAAAAUAGUUUCGUAAUUAAAUGUUUGAAUUUUAGACGUUAUUGUGGGGUAUUCUUGCGUAUAUUUUUAAAUCCCUUGUUAACCAAAACCGUAAAAUGAGUAGUUUAGAAGUAAAACUAAUUAGAUUUAAGACUAUCAAUCAUGUUUUUGUUUUUAUGAGGAAACAAAUUUAGUUUAGGUUUGUAUGCCACAAACCUAAAAUAGAUUAGCUGGUUUUACUCACGUCCAUAGUAAUUAAUUAAUAAAAAGAAAUGUAUAAUAAACACUCAUCUUGAUAUUAAAAUAAAGUAGUUUACUAAAAUGGAUAAGUUGGGUUGAUUUUUAUUAAUUAAUCAGAACUAUUAAGAUUAACACUAACAAGUGACAUCAACAGUAUUUUUAAUAUUUAUUUUUAUUGUUAAGUAUUUUUUAGUUGAAGACAAUUAGUAAGAAAGCAUUCUUGUUAUUGUGAAUCUUAACAGUUUUUGAAAUGUGAGAAGUACACAAUCCAGUUUAUUUAUUUAUUUUAGUUUACUACUCAAUACAAUGUUUUUGUGAUUUAGAAUAGUUCAUAAGGAGGAGACUUUUUAUUAAAUGUUAGCAAUUUGAGCUGUUCAUAGUAAAGUUUCAAUUCGUUUUUAUUUUAAGUGUUUUUAUAUUAGACUAUGAAAUAUGUCGUUUAGAAAUCCCAUAUAUUUAACUUAAUUGAUCUUGAGAAUAAUGUUGUGUAGCAGUUACAAAUUACUAUAAUUGUCAUUCCUUCUAUAAACUAGGAGUAUAAAUCACUCGGUUUUGAAAAGGAUUAGAUAAAAAAUAUGACGAAAUGAUCAACGGGAAGAAAUAUAACUAAACUUGACUAUUUGACACCUAGUAUGCAUUUAUUUAAAGUUUAACUCAAUAUUUACAGUAUAUAUGUAUCAAGCUUUUCAGACCAAAAAAAUACAUGUUUUCAUGAAGUUUCCAAAAACGUACAUUUAAUUCAUAUCGAUCUAUUUUUAAUGUUUUAUUUACGAGUUUAAUACUCUAGUGUUAUUAGUUUUAACUCUACAAAAGACUUAACAAUACCUUUUUUAUACAUAUAUUUAACAAUCCUGAACGUUUGGUGCUGCUAAACUAUUUUGUUAGUGGUUUAGGACGCUGCAAGGACAUUUCCCAUCCUAUUGUCAGAUCUGAAGAAUCUUUUCAUGAGCGGUUUUGCUGGAGUGUGCUGAUUUUAAUAAAUAAUCAUCUCCUGUUGUGAGAUAUAUUUUACAAAGUGCGCUUGAUUCUUUGUUUAAUAAUACUAGAAGAAACCCACAGUUUCGAUAGUUCGUAAUAGAAAUAAAUACAAAUACGUAUUCUAAACUAUAAUAUUUGUUAUGCCCUAUCUACCAUCUUGAUAACAAAGGUUAAGGACGUAAAUAUCAUUUAGGAAUCUAUGAGUGGCUCACAAAACGAUAUUCUUUUUAAUAGAAAAAAUUGUGACAGCUAGUACGUAUAGAUAGAAUGAAUAUUUCAGUAGGCCUAUAUAAAAGCCAAUGCUAUAAAUUUCCAAAUGGGAAAACGAAAGGAAACAAAGAGUUAAUGUCUAUACGCACUCCACACCGUUCAUAAACAUACAUUAAAAUUGCCUAUAGCUAAUACAUAAGGAUGAUGAAUCUAUGUAUGUUAAAUCUAAGAAUCCAGUUGACCUAUAUCAUCCUGUAAUUGCUGUACAUAUCUAGAAGUUCUGAGACAAUGAAAUGCAAUUUCAGCCAAGCCUAGUCUUCUCGAACGGUCGUCAACAGCUGUGAUUACCCACAAUGCCAUGCAUUUCUGUUGUGAUCCCAAUGCACUUGCUCAUUGCCAUUCCUGACCAAUUGUUCUUUUACAUUCCUACGUUUGUAAUGUAUUUUAGUGUUUGUCAAAAUAUUUAUGUAAUCGCUACUGCAUCCUUUUUCAGCUGACUUGCUAUUGUAUGUUAUCAAUAAAUAUUAUUUUUACCUA